ACACACGAGAGAGGGAGACACAGAGAACUCACGUAGAGCAGACGUAAGUCGGGGGAAGGUAGGCAGUCAGGUUCGCUCUGCCUUCCUGGCCCUCCUCGUCUCUCCAGCUCAGACAGGCCUGGGCCGGCCCAGCCGCAUGGCUGCGCACACACACACCUUACCUGUCGUGUACACGUACACACGCGUAUCUGGGCUUGCUCCUUUCCCCGCUCUCGCCCUCCCAUCCGUGAUGAGAUAUCCGCGCGCCCGCUGUCGCUGGUGUGUAGCGUAUGUAUGUGUGUGUGUGUGUGUGUGUGUGUGUGUGUGUGUGUGUGUGUGUGUGUGUGUGUGUGUGUGUGUGUGUGUGUGUGUGUGUGUGUGUGUGUGUGUGUGUGUGUGUGUGUGUGUGUGUGUGUGUGUGUGUGUGGACGAGGAGUGGUGGCGGUGGGACAACGCCUCCAUGCCUACGUAUACGCGUGCGCGCACGUAUAUGGUGAUGACAGACACCUCCUCUCCCGGCCAUCUCGCAGCCGCAGCCGCAGCAUUCCGCCUCGCGCAGUCGGACUUUGUUCUGCCUGCCUACCACCACUUCCGUAUGACGAACCCUUCCCCCCCCCGCCCCCCUACUUGACCCUUCGUGCUUAGAUUAGCAGCGAUGAUCUGUUUCAGUUGCGCGGCGGGGGAGGGGCCAUGCGGCAUUUUUUUCUUCCAUCUGUGUCUCGAUUUCUCUUGUCAAAUUUGGAUAAUAAUCUGUGGAGGACGAGAUCUGUGUGAUGGAGGAAGGGGGGGGGGGCUCUUAUUCAUCCGACGUGCAAUAUAACGGCACCUACGUGUGCGUGAUGAUAUGUCGCGCACGCGGCUGCAGUCUAGGCCUGCACACGCACACACUCUCACACACGCUAUCUAUAUA